ACCAAAGUUCUGGCCAAAACCGACAGCAUCAGUUCUGCCACUGCUCUCAGUGCAAAUCUAUGCAUAUACUGUAGUUGUGUGGAUUGAUUCAGAGCCGCCCAGUGCAUGCCAAAUUCCACGCGCCACUGCUGCCUGCUGCUGCUCAGGUGGAGCUGUAAUUCAAAUCUGCUCAGGUGUAUCACAGUGACAUCCCCAUGCAUCCGGUGCUAUCUUCUUCUUCGCCGUCACCACACAGCUAUAUAUCCCACGGCACCACAACCUUUUACAAAGGCAGGCUCUGCACUUGGCGUUCUUCUUCGACUCAGUUCUUGUUGAGGGAAAGCUGAUCAAGCUGGGCAUGGCUGCGGCUGAGAUGGGGCUGGGAGGGCUGUGGAGGAGGUACGCGCCGCACAACAUGAUGAUCAUGGUGCAGCUGUGCUACACCUUGAUGUACUUCGUCACCGAGGCCGCCUUCAACCGCGGCCUCAACCCCUACGUCUACGUCACCUACCGCCACCUCCUCGUCGCCGUCCUCCUCUGGCCCUUCGCCUACUACCACGAGAAGAAGUUGAGGCCCAAGAUGACAUGGAUGCUGUUCCUGGAGAUCUUCGUGCUCUCGCUUCUGGGGGUGAGCUUGACCCUGAACAUGUACUUCGCGAGCCUCAAGUACACGUCCCCGACGUUCGUCACCUCCAUGGUCAACACCGUGGCCUCCAUCACCUUCGUCAUCGCCAUCGCGCUACGGAUAGAGAUCGUGGACCUUCGGAGCGCGCGGGGCCUCGCGAAGGUGGCCGGCACGGCGGUGUCGUUCGCCGGGGUGACCACCAUGACGCUGUACAAGGGCGCGGCGAUCGCGAGCCCCUGGAAGGCGCCGGUGCACAUCCCCGGCGGCGGCGACGCCGCGCACGACGGGUGGCUCAAGGGGUCGCUCCUGGCCGUGGCCAGCUGCGUGUGCUGGUCCGUGUGGUACAUCAUGCAGGCGACGUCGGUGAAGCGGUACCCGGCGGAGCUGUCGCUGACGGCGUGGAUGGCCACGGUGGGCGGGGUCCAGUCGGUGGCCUUCACGGUGCUGCUGCAGCACGAGAAGCAGGACUGGCUCAUCGGCUUCGGCCUCAAGUUCUGGUGCAUCGUCUACUCCGGGAUCGCGUGCAGCGGGUUCACGGUGUUCGCGCAGCUGUGGUGCACGGAGAAGAAGGGGCCCGUGUUCGUCACCAUGUUCAACCCGGUGUCCACCAUCAUGGUGGCCAUCCUCGCCUACUUCAUCUUCGGCGAGAACCUAUACGUCGGGAGCAUAAUCGGAGGAGUGGUGGUCAUCCUGGGUCUCUACAUGCUGCUCUGGGGCAAGGACAAGGAUCAAGAGUACAAGGCAGGAGCGGCGAGCGGCGAGGAACAGGCCGGCUCGCCCGAUCUGGACUGCGAGAAGCAGCAGCGGCAGGAGGAGAAGAUGGUCGGCGUCUCCUCGGCGCGGGGUGGCUCGGAACAGGAGACCAGGACGACGAGAUAAGAGGAGCGUCCAGAAGAAGAAGCGUGCCUGAACCCUACCACUACCAGUACCCGUACCACAGUUGACAGUUCUGCUGUUGCUGUUCUUUUCUGUUCAAACAAAAAAACACAGUUCUGCAAUUGAUUGUGGUGAAAUUCUUUGGCGUGGAUGAUGGAUCCACCAACGGUGUGCCGGGUUCCGUGCGGCCGGGCCAUCCGAGUCUGAACUUUGGUUGCAGCAUCAGUAUGUGCGUUUGUUUUCACUCUAGAGGCCCAAAAUAUGUACUAUGACAAAACAGCAUGAGCAUUACGUUCUUCCAGUUUCAGGAGGGUGGGGGUGUUUGUUUUGGAGGUGGAUGAGGAUUUCGAUGAGGCAUAUGAAAUUGCCAAAACAACUCAUAGCAAAAUCAG